UCAGUUGUUGCCAUCUAUUGCAAGGCGGUGAACGCGGCGGCUUUGGUUUUGGUUUUGGUGCGAUCGUCGUCAGUGCGUUCCGUUUUUGAAAAGUGUUGUUUCUGAUCUCGGUUCUUCCUUGCUACUACCGUCUAAGUGAAAACGGAUCGACAAUGAGUAACAAAGCUCACCCCCCAGAAUUGAAAAAAUAUAUGGACAAGAAAUUAUCAUUGAAGCUGAAUGGUGGGAGGCAUGUCAUUGGGUUCCUGAGAGGCUUCGACCCAUUCAUGAACUUCGUUGUUGAUGAAACUGUUGAGGUCUGCAAGGAUGGAACUAAAAAGGAUAUUGGCAUGGUGGUGAUCAGAGGAAAUAGUAUCAUCAUGUUAGAAUCACUGGAUAGAAUAUAGGUUCAUCAAUUUAUAACUACAAUGUAAAUACAAUAUCGCUAUCUGCAUUUUCUGAUCCGUAAAAUGUGUACAAUUCCAUCUGUUGUGAUUGAUUUUGUGAUCUCAUUGUUCUCAUUCAAAUUUAAUACCACAGAUUUACUCAGAAAACUUUUCUUUAGUGGAAUGAUACAAAAGCAUUUUUCUUAUUUACUUAAUCAUAUCAACUCAUGCUUGCUACCUUGUGUACAAUUUUUCAAUAAAUAAUUUUGUGUAAGAUGUA